GAUCGAGUGUUUUGGGAUGAAGAGUGGAAUGUGGAGUGAUGGUCUCGAUAUGAGAGGAUGAUAUGAAGCUUUUGGGAGAAUCGGAUGAAAUUGUUACUGUUGCUCCUUGCCGCUGUAAUCAUCUGCGGUCUGACCUUUUGCUGAUGUAGCUUCACGACACUUUUACUCAUCAUCGCGGACUUCUAGCCAGUUGGCAUUAAUUUAGACAUGCGUUUUCGUCCACUUGGUCUCGUUGGAUGAAACACCUGCAGCUUUCAGCGAGGAAUUUCACCUUCAUUUCCUCGUCGCUUUUUCCUCCUCUGCGUUUCUUUUUCAUCCGUGUCCCUCUGCCGUCCUUGUUCUCGCCCUCGCAGCACCAGAUGCAGUGGGGCACUUUCUCGUCUCGAUCGGGAACUCUGGCUAAAUGGUAUAAUUUGAUCCAUCCAAGAUGUAAGACUUCGGACGACUGGAACCGCUUGAAGCUUACAAUAAAGAGGACGAGAGUUUGGGGAAAGUCAAAUGGCGCUAGGACAAGAUCUUUGAAAAAAGGAUGGGAAGGAGAAGAAGAACAGCGACGGAAUUCGAGUAGAGUGAGACUCGCUCUUUCCUGCUGGGCCAUGUCGAUAACGAUCCCGAAGGAUACGAUGAGGAAACGCGCCGCAACUAGUUCGCUUGACUGGGGCCUGGACUGGAGACUGGUGCUGGACAGGACUGGAUAGCGUGAACUUCUCUGGGAGUUCUGGUUCGAACCAGCCCCGCCCGGUGCUCGCCGAGUUUCUGGGUGCUCCCUACUAGGGAUCCAAAAGGAAUGUAUAAUUUGCUCCAUCUUCCGCCCCAUGGUCCAGGGAUGUUUCUUCCAAGAAUGCCGAGAAAGGGAGGAAUCAACUGUUCCCGCCAAUAACACCCCUGGGGUGUAGAGUCAACCAGAGAAAGAAAGGGAGUAGCAGAAGCAUGAGGAGGCGAGAGAGAGGCGGGGGCGAGAGACAGUAAAGAAAAUUGGAGGAACAAAGAACCACGUUGGUUGGUUCCGAGAGAUGGGGUCCCCUUCUUCGACAACAGUGAAUCCAAAUCUCCCUCAAUCUGGUCCUUUCUGGCUCGAUGAAGUUGACAAGGAGCUCAUAUGGAUGUCCAGUUGACUGACGCAAAUCUACCAUUUUUAGCUUCGAAAAAAACAUGCUUAUGAGAAUCAAGCCUGUGAUGUGUGUGAUUCAUAAAUAUUGGGCUAUUUGUGGCUCGAUGAGGUUGACGAACAGUUCAGAUGGAUGUCCAGUUGACUGACGCAGAUCUCCAUUUUUAGCCUCAAAAAAACAUACUUAUGUGAAUCAAGUCUUCGAUAUGUGUGAGACUCUCAUCGAAACUGGUCAAAAUAUCUAAGGAGGUGAUGUAAGGGAUCGACUUUUGAAAUCUUAUUAUGUGGUAAUAGAUAAAG